GGUUGUGGGGCUUUGGUGGUAGGGACGGAGUUAUCCCUACGAGAAAAAUCUACUGCUCUCCCGCCUUCCCGCUCCUUCUUGAAUCUAAAACAAGAAAGAAAAGAAAAGAAAAAGAAAAGAAAACAAAGACCCAUAUUUUGUUAGAGACGGAGAGACUUUUCAGGGGAAAAUGGGAAUGGAGAGAAACUACGGAGAGAGAUAGUUAAGAGAGUGCUAAGCGGAUGGGAUGAAGUUAGUUAGCGAGAAGGAAUAAACUUUGUUUUUAGUACAAGUGUGGGUGAGUAAUGUGGCGGCGAAGAAGUUGAGGUGACUGCGUUUUCUAGUCUCUUCUCCUCUUUCUCUAUGGAUACCCCUGAGAAGAACAAGAUCGGGACUCCCAUCUCUAAAUUCGAGGAUUCUCCUGUCUUCAAUUAUAUCAGUAGUCUUUCUCCUAUCAAGCCAGUUAAGUCUCUACACAUCACUCAGGCCUUUAGCUCUAUUAGUUUUGGAUCCCCUCCAUCAGUUUUCACUUCACCCCAUGUCAGUUCUAACAAGGAGUCCAGAUUCCUCAGGAGGUACAAUAGUUCUGAUCAAGCAAAGCCUGAGGUUUCUUCCGAAAAUGGAAUUGAUGUUCCUACAAGUGAAGAUGCUGUCAUUGACACGGCCCAGAUAUACAACAACUCGGCUGAGCUUCAUGAAAAUUGUAAAUCAGAUGUUAAUGUUGGAGAAGUUUCUGCUGAGCCACAAAAUGAAGGCUCAGCUUUUGUGAUCGAGCUACCGCGUGUUUUAAAGUAUGAUUGUGGUAGCCCUGAUUGUGUCUCAACGCCUCAUGAUGUUGUGGCGGAUUUUGCAUCAAAUUCGACUGAUCCAUCAGCUAAUCUUGUUCAUCAUGUUCAAGUGGUGCCAGAAAUUGGUCCAUCAGAUAAUGAAGCCCAAUUCCAAGAAACAUGUUUGAGUGAGCAGAAAAAACAAGGGGCCAUAUGUGACUGGGACAGUCUGAUGUCUGAUGCUGUCUUGAUUUUUGAUUCACCAAACAGUACAGAUGCUUUUAAGGGGCUGGUUCAGGAUUCUCUGGAACCUGUAACCAGAUUUAGUAAUUCUCUUGGGACAGAAUUCCAACAAAAUGAGAUUAAUAAUGAGCAUGAAAUGCAAAUUGUUGAUCCAGGUUCUGAACAACAUAAUGGGGAAGAACCCCUUUCUCAAACUGGAGAAGCCAGUCAUUUGGAGGAUUUGGACCAAACACAAGACAGAUUUAAUUCAAAUAGUGGCAUGGCUACCAAUCAAAGUAAGAGAAAGGAUAAGGAAGCUGAAACCCGCAUGGCAUUUACUUGCAAGUCUGUUUUCAGUUUACACCGUGGAAUGCGAAGGCGCUGUCUGGACUUUGACAUAUCAGUAGCUCGUAAGAAGAACUUAGGAGAUGGUUCAAAUAGUAGUUCAGUUUUAGCUCAACCUGAUGAGGAGAUCCCUGCUAGUGAGAGGCGACCAGGCUUUAUUAGGCAUUGUGGUGAAUCUAGGCGCAUCUUACCUGGAAUUGGGUUACACUUAAAUGCUAUUGCAACAACCUCAAAGGAUUGCAAAAUCUCUAAGAAUGUGUCUUCCGGAAUACAUAUAAGGUUGCCUGGUUCCACUGUCUCCAUACAUUCUCUGAUGGAUGACCAAGAGGGUCUUGAUAAAGCCUUGAUUCCUGUUUCUUCUGAAAUGGUCACCGAAACCAUUGAAAAUGGGGUCCAGCUUAUAGAAGAUGCUUCUCAAGCAUCAGGAUCAAUAGCUAAUGAAGAAUUCAAUCAGAAUAGCCCCAAGAAAAAGAGGCGUAGAUCGGAAAAUGCUGGAGAAACUGAGGGAUGCAAGCGUUGUAAUUGUAAGAAGUCAAAGUGUUUGAAACUUUACUGUGAAUGCUUUGCAGCUGGUGUGUACUGCAUAGAACCAUGUUCUUGUCAAGAAUGCUUCAACAAACCUAUUCACGAAGAUACUGUUCUUGCUACUCGAAAACAGAUCGAGUCUCGCAACCCUCUUGCAUUUGCUCCUAAAGUGAUUAGGGGCUCUGAUCCUGCACCUGAAUAUGGGGACGAAUCAAGCAAAACCCCAGCUUCAGCCCGACAUAAAAGAGGGUGCAAUUGCAAGAAAUCUAGUUGCCUAAAGAAGUACUGCGAGUGCUAUCAGGGUGGAGUCGGUUGCUCCAUUAGCUGCCGAUGUGAAGGGUGUAAGAACGCAUUUGGUAGAAAGGAUGGUUCUGUUAUGAUAGGAACAGAAGAGCAAGAUGAAGAAGAAACAGACGCAUGUGAAAAGAGUUUGGCCGCACCUGUACAGAAGAUGGAAAUUCAUAACAAUGAAGAUCCAAAUCCAGGCUCUUCUCAUCCAAUUACACCAUUAAGGAUAUCCAGAUCUUUGGUUCAACUACCAUUCUCAUCGAAAGGCAAACCACCAAGAUCUUCCUUUGUUACUGGGGCAUCCUCUUCUGGAUUGUACAGUCAGACGCAUGGUAAACCAAGUAUUCUCCGAUCUUCUCAACCGAAAUUGGAGAAACAUGUGCAAACUAUUCCAGAUGAGGAAAUGCCAGAAAUUCUUAUUGGGGAUGGCUCUCCCAAUAGUGCUGUCAAGACCUCUUCUCCCAACAGUAAGAGGGUCUCUUCUCCUCAUUGCCACUUUGGAUCACCUGGCCGGAGGGCUGGCCGGAAGUUGAUAUUACAAUCCAUUCCUUCAUUUCCUUCUCUUACUCAGCACUAAGUUUUGAAGCCUUUUUUUUUUCAAUUUUUUUAUAUAUUUAUUUUAGUAUGAAGUUAAGGACAGUUAUUUUUAGUUAACAUUGUAGUUUGCGUUGAAUGGAAGUAGUUAAGUUGUAGACGACAGUUAAAGGUCAUCGUCUGUACUGUAGAAUAAGAUAAAGAUGGUAUGCUACUCGCAUGUCUGUGCUCUCUCCUCUUCUUGUAAAAUAUGUCUUCAUCUUCAUUUGAUCUGCAAUUUUUUCUUCU